AUGCACCAGGCCCUCGCUCGUCCCUGCGUUCGUGCUGCCUGUGCUCCUCUCGCCCGAUCCUUUUCAGCAUCGCCAGAGAGUCCCAAGUCUGACCUCAGCCGGGGCGACUUUUUCAAACUGCUCGCUCGAUCGCUGGGCUUCAUUGGCCUGUCGGGCCUGGGUCUGUUCGGAUGGUUCCACUACGAAAAGCUCAAGGUCGAGGAGCGUCGCCAAAAGUCCAAGAACCAGUCCGUCGGGAAGCCCCUGGUCGGCGGCCCCUUCUCGCUGGUCGACCACGAAGGCAACCCCGUUACCGACAUGGAUUACCGGGGCAAGUACAUGCUCCUGUACUUUGGCUACACCUUCUGUCCCGAUGUCUGUCCCGAGGAGCUCGAGAAGAUGGCUGCCAUCGUCGAUCUGUUCGACAAGAAGGAGAACCACGUCCCAUAUGAAAUCGUUCCCAUCUUCAUCUCGUGCGAUCCCAAGCGCGACUCUGUCCAGUCGAUCCGAGAGUACAUCCGAGAAUUCCAUCCCAAGUUUGUUGGGUUGACGGGCACCUACAACCAGAUCAGGAAGGUUGCCAAGGCCUACCGGCUGUACUUUAGUGCCCCGCCCAAGGCCGUCGACGAUGAUGAGACCGACUACCUGGUCGACCACUCGAUCUUCUUCUACCUCGUCGACCCCAGCGGCCGGUAUCAGGCACACUUUGGCAAGCAAGAGACGGCCGAGAGCGUCGUCGCCAAGAUCAAGGACGCCAUCGCCGAGUACAAUUCGCAGAAAUAA